AUGGCAGAAGUGAAUAUCGACCAAACAACCCUGGACUCGGUGAAGGGCAAAGUGGUGGUCAUUGCAGGCGGUGCUCAAGGGAUCGGCGCAGCGACUGUGACACAGCUGUAUCAAUCGGGCGCUCAUGUCUUCUUUGGCGAUUGGGAUGACACCAAGGGCUCGAAAUUGGCAGAUGGCCUACGAGCUUCGCCUUCGGAAGGGAGUGUGACGUAUCUCAAGGUCAACGUUCGGGAUUAUCAGUCCAUCCUCUCUUUGUUCGACGCCGCCUACAACAAGCACGGACAGAUUGAUACCGCGAUCUGUUGCGCGGCCGUGACAGAACGGCCGGGAUACUGGGAGCCGGAGAAGCUGAAUCUCGAGAGCGUGAGAGAGACGCCCACAGGCAUCACCGAAGUGGUCGACAUCAACCUCAACGGCACGUUAUACUUUGCCCGCCUCGCCGUGGCGUAUCUCAAGGAGAAGCACACCUUCGACAAGUCCUCGACGACGGCCAAAUCCAUCACAUCGCCAAAAUGCAUCACGCUGGUCUCCUCGGUCGCCGGGUUCAAGGAGUCGCCCGGUCUAUUCGCCUACUCGGCGGCAAAGCACGGCGUGCUGGGUCUCAUGAGAGCUCUCCGCCCGUUCACGGCGCCGUUGUACGGCUUGAGAAUAAACGCCGUUUGUCCGUGGGCAACCGACACACAACUCCUGGCCGGCGUGCGCGCCGAAUGGGUCAAGCACUCGAUGCCGAUGAACCAGCCCCUCGACGUGGCCAAGUAUAUCAUCCAAGUCAGCGCCGAGCCCAGCACGCACGGCAAGGCCCUCUUCGUGACAGGCGGCAAGGCCGUGGACAUUGAGGAGGGCAUCAAAAAGACCGAGCCCGUGUGGUUGGGCGAGAAGAACUCGCGCGAUCUGGCCGAGGGGCAGGUCAUCUUGGGCUUGGGCAUGGACUGGGGCCAUAACAGUCCGAAGAUGCACGAGGGCACAAACGGCACGUCAACCUGAAGAAUCUUUGAAAGUGGAGCUGGACACUUUAGACGGAACGGGGAGGGACAUUGCGUUGUUAGGUCAAGAUCAGACGCGGCCAUAAAGGGACAUGUAACACAGUGGUGCCACUGGCUCUUA